AAGGAAUGUGCAUACAAUAGUUUAUUCACAGAGGUCCAGCUUUAGCUUCUUUAGACAGAAAGAGGAGAUGCUCCUCCGAAAAGAUUAAUGCUCAACUUCCUCUAAUGUUCUAUAUACAACAGCAAAUAAACUAGUUACCAUAACGAUGGGCAUUGCAGUGGUGGAAAAAGCAAUGUAGUUGAGCCUGCGUAGGAGAAUAUAUGUAUAUAAGAGAACAAGUUCUGUGGCCGCUGCUCUCUCUAUAAUUCAAGAGUCAAGAUUAAAUUGCAGCUUUUACUGGUAAUUUGAAGCCUCAAAACACAAGACAAGCAAUAUUGGUCCUUGAAGAGUUUGAUCAUGCUUUACAAGCAGAGGAGCUUGCCCCUGGCUGUUCUUACUCAACUUCCAUUAGUUGUGUGCUCGUCUAUCGUCCAUAUAAAAACAGGCAAUACUCAUUCAAGCGGCAAAAACAAAACACAGAUGACUGCUAAACUAUCAUCUGAGAUUGCGAUCCACGGAUUUCUGUUAUGGGCUUCCAUGGGUUUCUUGGUGCCUGUUGGAAUACUUGUAAUGAGGAAGUCAAACAGAGAGGAAUGUGGAAGACGGCUAAAAAUCUUACUCUACAUUCAUGGUGUUUUACAGAUACUGUCAGUUCUCCUUUUGACAGCUGGAGCAAUAAUGUCCUUUAUAAACUUUGAGAACGCUUUCAACAAUGAUCAUCAAAGGUUGGGAUUAGCACUUUACGGUCUUGUCUGGCUGCAAAUGUUGGUUGGUAUAAUACGACCACAUAGAGGUAGCAACGCAAGGAGUGGAUGGUUUUUUGUUCACUGGUUACUAGGGACUGCAGUUUCUGUGCUGGGAAUCAUCAAUAUAUACACUGGUUUACAAGCUUAUGGUAAGAAAACUUCAAGAAGUGCACGAAUCUGGACCAUUCUUUUCACAGUGGAAAUCUGUCUUAUCGCCUUACUCUAUCUUUUCCAAGAAAAAUGGGAGUACAUUCAGAAACAGGGAGUAAUUUUAGGCAAUGAGCCUGUACAACCUACCGAACAAGAGAUUUCACCAACAUAUAAGCAGAAGGAAACAGCAGAAGAGCCUUGUUGACAGAAGAAUCUAGGAAAAAGCUUACUUCUACUGACAUGGGAUUUCUUUCUAACCAUUCUUCAUUUUGAACUCCAGUGUGAUAGCUUGACGCCACUAGAAAAGUGGAGUAUUCGUUGGUUUGCACUUUAUACAUCUAAGGUGUCAUUUGCUCCCUCAUUUUAUGCGGCCAGACUUCCAAUAUCAGUAUUUCCCACAAACAUGUACACUCCGGUUGCAAAACAAGGAACAGUUUGAUAUAUGAGUGUAGUUAGAUUACUAUAGCACAUUCAAUCUUAGAUGACCAGUGGAUUACACAGCAGACUGACGUAAGAUGCCAAGUAAUCGCAGCUAUGCGAUUCAAUGCUUUUGGCAAACAACUUAACAAUCAAGACAAGCAUCUUACACGAGAACUUAUAUGCACCAGUACAUUAUCACCCUAAUUACCAAGUUCAGACCUUUAUGGAAACUAUAAUUACAAAGGAAGAAACAGAGGAAGGAAGGAAAAAGAUCAGGACGAACCAAGUGCCAAUCAGUUUUAGAUAUUGCAACGACUAAAAACUGGUGCCACAACACAAAUAUUCUUUUCAUGUUGUACUCAUCUGCAAUUACAAUCUGGAUAAGCCAUAUAUUUAAGUACACGUAGACAAUUGAGCCAUGAAGACGUAAGAUGCCAAAGAUUCAUGUGUAAAGACAAUCAUCUAUUCUUGUAGAGGUUUAGAAUUAGGACACAACUGUUUUGGCGAAUGCCAAUUAUAACAGAUCUUUCAGAACA